AUGGCACCGAUGUUAUACAAGAAGGACAUUAGUCCUCCGAGCCGGGGCGUUCUCCUGACGGCCAAAGGAUUGGACGUGGAACUGGAUUUCACAGACAUUGACAUGGCAACUGGAGAACAUUUGGAAGCAGACUACGUCGAGAAAAAUCCUCAACACACUGUUCCUAUGCUCGAGGAUGACGAUCUUAUUCUGGUCGACAGUAGCGCAAUAAUUAUAUAUUUGGCAUCGAAAUACUGCAACGAAGACAACGCAAAUAUGUACCCAGACGAUCCCAAGCUGCGAGCUCUGAUUCAUCAUCGAUUAUUCUACAAUUGCGGCACUUUACAAUCCUUGCUAGGACAAAUCGUCCGUCCCUUCUUCUUUGAAGGCAACACUACCAUCGACGAAAAACUUAUCGACAAAGCCAACGACGCAUAUAACAUUUUAGAAAAAUUCCUAGGCGACCGGGAAUGGAUGGUCGGCGAUAAUUGUACCAUCGCCGAUUUGGCCCUAAUUCCGUCCGUCACCUCAUUGAAUGUCCUGGUUCCUAUCGAUGAAGAGGCAUGUCCAAAAUUAUUAGAGUGGAUCGCCCGCGUGGAGGAACUACCCUACUACGAGGCAAAUAGCGUUGGCCUCGAUGAUUUCAAAGCAAUGCACGAAAAAGCGCUCGCUGGCGCUGAGGAGUCAGCCGAAUAAUCGAUCCCUCAUUACCAGUUGCAUAUGCACGCCGCCCCGAUUGGACUCGCGCUACUAAAUAAUACAUACGCGUAAACUCGGCUAGAGCACGGAAUUGUUAAUGUUACGCUAUCGAUUCACAUUAGCUUUCACCUUUUGUUGCUAUUUAUAAAUACAUAAUUUGUAUAGAAGCUCACAAUUUGGAUACAAGGUUUCCACGUUACCGAAACAUAUUGAUUAAUGUACCAUUUUUUUCGUUACUGAAGGUUGUUGAUGUGUGCGAUAACAAUGAUAUAAUUGCGACCUUUAUUUGUGAACUAGUUAGACCUUUAGGAAGGCGUUCGCCCAAUGUGAAUUAAUAAUGUGUGUACUGAGGCCUUUGCACAAUAAAACAAUUUAUGAUUGAG